GCUCCUCAGGUAUCACGGCCAAAUUGGGGCCAGUCUCAUACUGGGAGGAGUAGAUUGCACUGGGAACCACCUGUACACGGUGGGGCCGUACGGCAGCGUGAACACGAUGCCUUACCUUGCAAUGGGCUCUGGGGAUCUGGCUGCUUUGGGGAUUCUAGAGGACGGGUACAAACCCGACCUGGAGCUGGACAAGGCCAAGGAGCUGGUGCGUACCGCCAUCCACGCAGGAAUCAUGAAUGACCUCGCCUCAGGCAACAACAUCGACAUCUGUGUCAUCACCAGAGAAGGAGCGGACUACAUCAGGCCGUACCAGGUGUCAGAGUACAAAGACAAAAGGAAAACAAAAUACAAAUAUGGUGCAGGUACAACAGCGGUUCUGACGGAGAAAGUAGUUCCUGUAAAGCUGGAGGUUGUAGAGGAGACUGUGCAGCGGAUGGAUACAGCUUGAUCUGUGAUGCAGUCACACCUUAAAACAACACAUUUAGCAGAAAAGUGAAUAAAUGUCUUUUUUUCACUUAAAAAAUAAAAUGCAAGCCGUGAAAACCAUUUAAUGAACAUUGUCAUGGU